AUGCUGAGGACAUUCGUCGGGGAUAUGGAGACGAUGUUGGAGGAUGUGGAGAAGGUUGAGGCGUGCGAGGUGCCGGAGGCAGAAGUUCACGCGCUGGAUGUCGAACUGCGGGUCCUCAAGGACCAGGAAGUCACCAUUGAGCGGCUGCGACUGCAACUUGCGGAGGCCGAAGCGAGUGCUACGCGGCAUGCGGAACAAGAUCCCAGGGGAGAUGGGGGCUGGGUACCAUACAGUUUUGGCUGGCGCGCAGCAGGCGAAGUACGAGCUACAGCACGAGCUCAAUGGGGACGCGGGAAUACAGGAUUUGUGAAACCAUGUGCUGGAAUUACGCUCCUCCAUAGAGGAGGUGGAAACCUAACAAAGCCACGAUGUGGCACAGCUGGCAACUGA